GUCUUAGUGCUGCUGAGGUUGAGGCCCUUAAAGCUAAGGGGGCCCUUAAAGACAGCACUCUGUCUCUUCUGGGAUCCGCUCCCCGACUUCUUCAGCGCGAGAAAAAUGUUAGGAUCGAACUCCAAGCAAACAAUUCCUGGAAAUGCACCACUGGGCGCUGGUUUUUGCGCGUGAAGCUGUCGGAGUCGGGGCCUGUAGAGUCGCAAGACCCUUAUCCUUUAGCUUCAUCUGUAGAGUAUAUUGAUAAAGCAGUAAACGGUGAAGAGCCGAUGCCUUCGCUGCUGUCUCUGCAGCCUUUAAACCCUUUAGCUUUCUCUCCUUAUGCACUCAGAAGAGACACACCCAACCUUAAGGGCUGGGAAGGGACACUUGCAUGCACUGAGAAGGGACAACCAUUACAGCUAUUUAAGGGCUGGCCUCUACUCAUCACCAGGCGCUGGUUUUUGCGCGUGAAGCUGUCGGAGUCGGGGCCUGUAGAGUCGCAAGACCCUUAUCCUUUAGCUUCAUCUGUAGAGUAUAUUGAUAAAGCAGUAAACGGUGAAGAGCCGAUGCCUUCGCUGCUGUCUCUGCAGCCUUUAAACCCUUUAGCUUUCUCUCCUUAUGCACUCAGAAGAGACACACCCAACCUUAAGGGCUGGGAAGGGACACUUGCAUGCACUGAAAAGGGACAACCAUUACAGCUAUUUAAGGGCUGGCCUCUACUCAUCACCAAAUAUCGCAGGGGGCCCUGGAGGGCUGAGGUCUCUGUCCUCUCUGCUGUUAUCGAGGAGCCUUCAUGGGAUCCGUCUACAGAGCCUACUCUUCGUUAUUUAAAAGGAGACAGUCUCUUAGUGCAUUUAACUUUGCAAGUGGAGACAGAGGAGACACCGGGUGUCUCAUCAGCUGCUGAUCAAUCCCCAGCAGCAGCAGCAGCAGCAGCUGCUGCUGCUGCUGCUGCUGCUGCUGGGGCUGCAGGUGUCCCUUUACAUGAUGCUGCUGGGGAUCCCCUUUCAAUAGCAAAGGCUUCGAGGGUGGGCCCUCCUCGUACAGGAGAAGCAGCAACAUUAUUGAGUCUCUUAAAGAAUGAACAGAAGGCUAGUCAGCAGAUUGCUGCUGUUAAUAGAGGAGACGACUGGAUUAUUGAUAACUACUUCCUUCAACUGCACCAGGAGCUGCAGCAGCAGCAGCACCAAGAAGAAGAAGAAGAAGUCGCCGACUUAGAGACACCCGCAUGGGUAAUGGUAUCGAGGCAGCUGCAGCAGCAGCAGCAGCAGCAGCAGCAAGACGAUGAUGAUGUCGUUUGGCUUAAGUGCCCUCAGACCCCUGCUAUCGUACAGGUUCCCUUCG